AGUAACAGUCAAUCUUAUGUGAUGUAAUAAUAAAGCAAUAAUAUCGUUUCACUGACAUAAUUAUUUUUAAAUUAAAAUAUAUAUUCAAAAAAAGAUGUAUAAAUUAUUACAUAAAUAUAAUAUAUUUUUGAAAAUUUAUUUUUCUACAAUUAUCGAAUUAUUCUAGAUUAAAUAUAUAUAAUCAUAUUUUAAAAAUGAUAUGUUAAUUUUAUUUAAUUUUUAUUUAAUUUAAUAAAGUUCGUUAUUUGAAAAUAAUGUGGUAUUUAAAUAUGCAUAUACAUAAAUGACUAAUAAUAUUUUUAAUAUUUUAAAUAUAUUUACUUAAUUUAAUUACCUAAAAAUUUAAUAUAAAUUUUGAUAUUUCUAUGAUCAAAUACAAAUUUUGUAUUAAUAUAAUAUUUUAGUAAUUUUUAUUGUUGAUUUUUUUAAAGGAAAAUAAAAAAAAUAUAAUUUAUAUUUAUAAUUAUAAUAAUAUUUUUCAUUAUAAUAUAUACAAUAUUUUCAUAUAUAUAGUAUAUUUGUUUAUCAUUUAUACACAAAUGUUCAGAUUUAAAUUAAAUAUAUUUAAAUCAUUUGUGUUUUUGAUGUUUUUGAUAUUGUUUCUUUGAUGUUAUCGAUAUGUAUAAUUAUAACUUGAGUUUUACAAAUAAACAAGAAAAUAUUUAGCAUGCUAAAUAUAACCGCGAUCUUGAAUGUAAUAUAUUCCAGCAUUUUCUCGUAUUUCUACCAUCAUAUUUCUCUCUCUUUUUGUCGGUAAGUUAUAGUUCAUUCUGAUAUAUUUAUCCUUGUUCUAGAUGCAUCGAAACUUCUGAGCCAAUAAGAAUGCUUGUUUGAAUCAAUGAAAUGCCGUGAUUGGUCAUCUACAGAAACUUCUCGAAGCGCGAGGUUUGGUGUAUUAAAAGACCCCCGCGCGUAUCAUACUCAGACAGAGUUUGGAAAGCGAGAAGUGAACAUUGCGUUUACGUAUAAUUUAUUAUAUUGCGAUUUAUUCUGUGAUAUAUACAAAACGAACGAUAGAAAAGCGAUAAAACAUGUCGAAGGCUCCAGCAGUUGGAAUUGAUUUAGGUACUACUUAUUCUUGCGUGGGUGUUUUCCAGCAUGGAAAAGUUGAAAUUAUUGCAAAUGACCAAGGAAAUCGAACGACACCGAGUUAUGUCGCCUUCACGGACACAGAAAGAUUAAUUGGCGAUGCGGCCAAAAAUCAGGUCGCAAUGAACCCGAACAACACUAUUUUUGAUGCGAAAAGAUUGAUCGGUCGUCGGUUCGAUGAUACAACAGUACAAAGUGAUAUGAAACAUUGGCCAUUCACGGUGAUGAACGAUGGAGGAAAACCAAAGAUCAAGGUUUCGUAUAAAGGUGAAACAAAGACUUUCUUCCCCGAAGAAGUGUCUUCGAUGGUACUCACGAAAAUGAAGGAAACUGCAGAAGCGUACUUAGGAAAAAUAGUUACCAAUGCCGUUAUUACUGUCCCCGCAUAUUUCAAUGAUUCACAAAGACAAGCUACCAAAGAUGCGGGAGCGAUAGCAGGCUUAAACGUUUUAAGAAUAAUUAAUGAACCAACCGCGGCGGCGAUUGCUUAUGGCUUAGAUAAAAAAACUGCCGGUGAAAAGAAUGUACUGAUCUUUGAUUUGGGAGGUGGCACCUUUGAUGUGUCCAUAUUGACCAUCGAAGAUGGCAUCUUUGAAGUGAAGUCAACAGCGGGCGAUACUCAUCUUGGUGGUGAAGACUUCGAUAAUCGGAUGGUGAAUCAUUUCGUUCAAGAGUUCAAGAGAAAAUACAAGAAAGACUUAAGUUCGAAUAAGAGGGCCCUUAGACGAUUGAGAACUGCUUGUGAGAGAGCAAAGAGAACUUUAAGCUCUUCGACACAAGCCAGUAUUGAAAUCGAUUCUCUUUUCGAGGGCAUUGAUUUCUACACAUCGAUUACCAGAGCCAGAUUUGAAGAACUUUGCGCGGAUCUAUUCAGAAGUACACUGGAACCGGUUGAAAAAGCUUUGAGAGAUGCCAAGAUGGACAAAGCUCAUGUUCAUAGUAUCGUUUUAGUCGGUGGUUCUACCAGAAUACCAAAGAUUCAAAAAUUACUACAGGACUUUUUCAAUGGAAAAGAAUUGAACAAAUCGAUCAAUCCUGACGAAGCUGUUGCUUAUGGCGCAGCUGUACAGGCCGCUAUUUUGCAUGGUGACAAAUCUCAAGAAGUUCAGGAUCUGUUGUUACUGGAUGUCACUCCAUUGUCUCUGGGUAUAGAAACAGCUGGUGGUGUAAUGACAACUUUGAUCAAGAGGAACACGACGAUACCAACCAAGCAAACGCAAACCUUUACUACCUAUUCCGAUAAUCAACCUGGCGUCUUGAUUCAAGUAUACGAAGGAGAGAGAGCUAUGACAAAAGAUAAUAAUAUUCUUGGAAAGUUUGAACUUACUGGCAUUCCACCUGCACCUAGAGGUGUACCUCAAAUUGAGGUCACAUUUGACAUCGAUGCUAAUGGUAUUCUGAAUGUAUCCGCAAUUGAAAAAUCAACCGGAAAGGAGAACAAGAUCACCAUCACAAAUGAUAAAGGUCGAUUGUCGAAAGAAGAUAUCGAGAGAAUGGUGAACGAAGCAGAAAGAUAUCGUAAUGAAGAUGAACAACAACGUGAAAGAAUAACUGCCAAAAAUGCAUUAGAAUCUUAUUGUUUCAAUAUGAAGAGUACAAUGGAAGAUGAGAAGAUCAAAGAUAAGAUCGAUUCAACGGAAAAAGAAAAGGUUAUCAAUAAGUGCAACGAAGUGAUUUCAUGGUUGGAUGCAAAUCAAUUGGCAGAAAAAGAAGAAUUCGCUGAUAAGCAGAAAGAACUAGAAUCCGUUUGCAAUCCUGUUGUCACUAAAUUAUAUCAGGGAGGAGCAACACCUGGAGGGUUCCAUCCAGGUGCUGCUACAGGAGGCGGUGGUGCUGGAGGACCAACCAUCGAAGAAGUAGACUAAAAAAACAAGAAAUCAUCCAUAACAUUAAAUAUCUUUUUCGUUUCAUUGUAUUUAUUUCAACUCAAACUUUGCACAGUCAUGAUCAUCGAUUUUCAUAUUUGUUUACAUUGAUAAUGCAUAUUUUUUGAGAUCAGAGACUUUAUUUCCUGCAAGAAAGAGAUUUUAUUUCUUGUAUUUGAAAAGAUUGGUAAUAUAAAUUUGUUAUAAAAAAAAAAAAUCACUGUGUUUAAAUAUUUAUUUCUAUAUUGUGUCUAUUUAUUAAUUUUUUUAAUUGAUUUAUCAAUGUUUUUUGUUUUUGAUAUUUAUAAAUUUCUAAUUCUUGUGAUUCUUUAUUUUUGAAAAAUGCUAUCUUGUUAAAUUAAGUUGAACGUUGGUAUUCAGUACAAAUUCGCUGUAAUCCAAUUUUAUUUAUCUCUCGAUGGAUCAGCGUAUAUAUCCAACAUCAAAGUGAACUAUUAUAAAUUAUCCAAAUCACGUUAUUCAGGAAUAUGAAACAGCUUCGAGACCACCAUUAUAAAAAGAAUUUGUAAAACAUAACAAUAGAUCUAUGCCAUAAAUGUCGUUUACUAUCAUUAUUACAUAAUAUAGAACUUAAUUCUACAAGAAUCGCAAUUUAAUCGAGAGAUAAGUGCAUAAAUGGUGCAUCAUUACGCAUCAUUUUUAAUAAUAGCAUUUUAAUAAUAGAAUGAGGGACGGAAACAAAUUUCUUUUUUUAAAAUAAAAGACGAAAUGUUCAAAAUGACGUACGCUCUAUCCAAUUUACGUCACUCACUCUAAAUACAAGAAUUAAGGCUAAUAUCUCGUGCCAUUGUGCAGUCUCCUAAUUUUUUUGAUUUUCAAUACAAUCCAACAGAUCGUUACUUUUUCAUCCAACUGUUUGAUCAUCUCUAUUAUCUUGAUUACUCUAAAUUUGUGGCAUAUCAUGUAUAACGGCAUCGAACACGAAACUAUUCAUUAAAGUUUGCGUAUAAUAAAGAAGUAGAUCGGAUGCAAAGAUUUGAUCAGGUGAAAUAAUAAUAAAGAACGUGAAGCAUUGAUAUUGGACCGCAUAAUAUAACUAUAAAAAUGGCCAAGAUUUGACUCAUCUUCACGUAUCCAUCUUCGAUCAAUUCUUUGCCGGUAUUCUUAUCCAAUAUCUUCAUCAAUUUAGGCCAUCUGUCAUAAUGUCUACAUGGUAAACGUAAUAAUAUGCUGCAAGAUGACACACGGUUUCGUUCAUGAAAUACAUGAUUUUGAACAAUUCAUUGGUGAAAUUGGCCUUGCUGAAAUUGGCGAAAUCCAUUGCGCUAAAUAGGACGAUCGAGCAAACGCUGAAGUGAAUCAUUAGAGAGAUGACAGUGAUCCAUUUUGAACAAUCGUGCAACUCCAACACCUAACAACCAAGAAACAUACAUUAUCGGACGUAAUAUACAUUUUGGAAUCGAUGGAUCCCCUAUUCGAACGUUUAUCUCUUCCUCCAUGAUGAUUUAUUCUUCCAGAAACGAGCAGAAGUCUCGAUUCUCGAUUUGAAAAUUUCCUCGAGGUGAGAUAGCUUUAACUCGAAAGCAAAGCAAAACACGCUGAAUUCUUGAUCCGAGGAUUUGCAUCUCACAUAUUCGUCUUUUAAUAGACAAAGAUUGAACGCGAUACGAGAUUCGUUUCGCGUUCAUAUCGGAAUUCAAGAAAAGUUGGGGAAGAUUUAUGCAUGGCAACACCAUCAAGGCACUUUCAUUUUUUCGAUGGAAGUAGAAUAGGCAUGAAAUUAAACGCACGAAAGGACACGAAUGGGACAUCAUUUGUUCCGUGAUAUGUGUGUAUAUAUCGAAAAAACGAGCUUUAUUUGCCCAACGACUAUAUUACAAUUUUAUUAUACAGUAAACAUUUAAAAUGGAAUAAAACGAUAACUUUGAACAUC